UUAGACCCUCGGCCUGCUUCACUUGCUCAAGGGCAAAUGGAACCCGCAAAGCAGCACCAUGCUGUCUGUAUUCCUCUACCGGCGCAAGGCCACAUAAACCCCAUGUUGAAACUUGCCAAACUCCUCCAUUUCAAGGGCUUUCAUAUCACUUUUAUCCAUACAGAGUUCAACUACCAACGCUUGCUUAACUCUAGAGGAUUAGACUCUCUCAGCGGCUCAGCCAAUUUCCGAUUUGAAACAAUACCUGAUGGUUUGCCACCAACCAAUCAGCGGGGAAUACAAGACCUACCGGCUUAUGUAACGGUACCAGUUCAGGGGUUGCUUUCAUUCCGAGAGCUCAUAAUAAAACUUAAUACUUCAUCAGAUGCCCCUCCUAUUACUUGCAUAAUUUCUGAUGGAGUCAUGAGCUUCACCUUGGAAAUUGCUCAAGAAUUUGGCAUCCCGGAGAUGGUUUUGUUUACGCCCAGUGCUUGCGGCAUGAUGGGUUACCUUCACUUUGAAGAGCUUAAGGAACGAGGAUAUUUCCCACUGAAAGAUGAGAGUUACUUGAAUAAUGGAUACCUUGAUACUGCCAUUGAUUGGAUACCGGCAAUGAAAGGAGUUCGAUUAAAAGAUAUCCCCACCUUUAUCCGAACCACGAAUCCCGAUGACAUAAUGUUCAAUUACAACGUACAAUCAGUGAACAAUGCCAAGAAAGCUGCAGCUGUAAUCCUGAACACUUUUGAUGAUUUGGAACAGGAGGUCUUGGAUGCCAUCAAAACCAAGUUCACCAAGCUUUACACUAUUGGUCCACUGUCAAUGCUUUAUCGGCAAAUUUGCCCAACAAAUUUGGACUCCAUUGGAUCGAAUUUGUGGAAAGAAGACACCGAAUGCUUAGCUUGGUUAGACGGGAGAAAACCCAGGUCCGUUGUAUAUGUAAAUUAUGGGAGCUUGAUAACAGUGACGCCAGAACAAUUGCGUGAGUUUGCUUGGGGACUUGCUGACAGCGAGUAUCCAUUCUUGUGGGUUAUUAGGGCAGAUCUUGUCAAUGGUGGAGAAGAAAUAUUAUCGAAGGAAUUUAUGGAAGCAAUAAGCGAUAGGGGUCUGCUUAUAGGGUGGUGCCCGCAAGAGAGAGUGCUGAGCCACCCUUCUGUAGGAGGCUUUCUGACUCAUUGCGGGUGGAAUUCUACAAUGGAAAGCAUUUGCGAAGGGGUGCCAUUAAUCUGUUGGCCAUUUUUUGCAGAACAGCAGAUGAAUUGUCUCUACUCUUGUACGAAGUGGGGCACUGGAAUGGAAAUUGACAGUGAUGUGGAAAGAGAGAAAGUAGAAGCUCUUGUGAGGGAGUUGAUGGAGGGGCCGAAAGGCCAAGGUUUAAGGCAAAGGGCUAUCGAUUGGAAGAAGAAAGCUGAAGUAGCUGCAGGCCCUGAAGGGUCUUCUUACACUAACUUGGAUAAGCUUGUUAGGCAGUUGAAACAGGGGAUGGUAAAUUUUUGAGUGUCAAUGAUUGUAUGAAGUUUCAACCAUUGAAAUUCUGCUUCUGGAUUGAUUUGGAAAUUUACUAGUUAUGUUCUUCCAGAGAGAAAGUGAAAAGGAGGGUAUUAUUCACAGUAAUUCACUAAUUCUUUGUCAUUUUGUUGUCAGAAGUAGGAA